AUGCCUGACUCAUCAACCGUCUGGUUCAUCACCGGCUGCUCCUCCGGCCUGGGAAAAUCCCUUGCCAGCCUCGUCCACAGCGCCGGCCACCGGCUAGUGGCUACAGCCCGCAACGUGGACUCGCUCUCCUACCUCCCCGAUGGUCCAAAUGUACUCAAACUUGCCCUGGAUGUCACCUCAAAACCAGCCAUCCACGAAACCCUGUCCGCCACAGUCGCCAAAUUCGGCCGCCUCGACGUAGUCAUCAACAAUGCCGGCUACGUCCUCAUGGGCGAUACAGAAGCCAUCCCCGAGUCCGACGCCCGUCUCCAACUCGACACCAUCUUCUGGGGCCCAGCUCUCAUCUCCCAGGAGGCUGUCCGCAUCUUCCGCGAGGUCAACCCCGCCGGAGCGGGCGGGACCAUUGUGCAGAUCUCCUCAAUUGGAGGGUACAUGACCUUCCCCGGGAGUGCGUUCUACCACGCUGGGAAGUUCGCGUUGGGUGGCUUCACGGAGUCCUUCGCCAAGGAGAUGCAUCCCGACUGGCGGAUUCGGUUCAUGAUUGUUGCGCCGGGUGGCAUCAAAACUAACUUUGGCAGUAAUGGGAAGUUUUUGCCUAGGCAUCCGGCGUAUGAUACGCCUGAGGGUCCGCUGAAUCAGCUCUUGGCGUAUAUGAUGAAUCCGGCGGCCCUGGCGUCGUUCUCGGAGGCGGAUGACUGCGCCAAGGUGCUUUUUGAUGUUCUUGUUGGGCAGGAUGAGAGACAACUGCCCGGGAGGUUGCUGCUUGGACCGGAGACGCUCCCGUUAUUGGAGGCGGAGAUGAAGAAGACUCAGGAGGAGAUGGAGGCGUGGAGGGAUGUGACGGUCAGCACGUCGUCCACCGGUGGUGCGAAGAAUGUGCCGAUUUUGUGA